GCCGUGAUCGGUCGCGUCUGUGUCGAGGUUGUCUGUGCGGGGUUUUUUACUAGUUUCUUAGUGGCUUUCUUGUAUAUUUUUCUGUAGUUUUUCGCGAUCGCGUGUUUUUCUUCUUUAAGAAAAAGAAGGAAUAUGUGAUCGCUGUUUUCGCGGAAAGUCUGACAGUGGAAAACUGAUUUAAUCCCGUACGAUCGGUGUUUUGGAAGGUGAUCUCGUGUGUGGAAUUUGAACCCGAUCGAUCGCCUGUUGUGAGUGGGAGAGUGUGGGAAGGAAGGAAGCUAGCAAAGGUGACGCAAAGGGUGAAACUGUUGACGUGUCUUGCGCGCUGUCACCUGAAGAAUGUUGGUCUGACCAGGUCCGGUUUUCGGAGAGUGUGUGCUAUUUUUUUCUUCUUCUGGAGUCUACUUGAGGAUCGAGUUGAAGGAAGAUUUCUUUUGGGAAAUUAGUGAUCGUGAACCGUGAAGAUUGCGCAGCUACAAACCACAGAUAGUCGUGUGAAUUGUUCUCGUGGAGUACAGAAGUUUUUGGUUUUCUGGGGAUUGUGAGAGAAAACAAGAUACGAAGACCGACGAAAUCGGGGAGAACGGUUCAGCCAUAUUAGGUUGCCCUUAACAAUUUUGUGGUAGCCCGUCCUUCUUUGGCCACUGGAAGUUGGGCCGAGGAUCGGUGCAAGUUUCUCAGGUGGAUUGGCCCCGAAAGAGGUGCGAAAGAGUUCGAGCGAUACGUGAUCGGAAUGUGGUAAAGCCCGUCCGUCGAAGAGCCUGCGGCUGUAAGGCGGCUCAAGUGAGUGAGUGUGUUUCGGUGUUCCAAGCUAAGAGUGCCAAAGAGCACGAAGAAGUGUGUGUUUUUCGUUCCUCCUCGAUCUUCUGAGCUGAGUGUGUUGGUUUCCAAGUGGCCGGUAUGAUGGUGUGAUUUCCCAGCAGCAGCGAGCGGACAUUCCAGAGGUGAAGUGUUUCGUGCUAUCGGUGCGUUGAUACCUCCGAAACCCCAAGGAAUACUGUCGGAUCGGGUUGAGUACGCAUUGUUCCGAACAAACAGGUUGCGUGUCAAGGAACGCUACUUACUCGAGAAGAAGAAGAGAACAAGAACCGGUCGUGCUUAUGAAAGAACGAAACAUGGGAGAUUCGACGCCAAUUUGUCGCUGUCGGGUUCUCUACUUGGGCAGCGCCGUCCCUCGCCAAAGUAAAGAUGGCCUACAGGGCAUUCAGGAACCACUCAGAAGCCUCUAUCCCUCCGAAGGGGCCACCGGAGCCAAGGGAAUCGACUCCUGGCUCAGCGUCUGGUCCAACGGAAUACUCCUAGAAAACGUUGACGAAAACCGGAAACAGGUCACUCGAUUCUUCCCAAUCGAGUCUCUCCAUUAUUGCGCCGCAGUCCGGCAAGUGCUGAUCCCGGAACGCGGCAACAACAACCCGGAACCCAAAUUCCUACCCCUUGACUCCCCAUUUGCUCGGACCCCCAGAGCUCAACACCCCCCUAUUUUCGCCGCCAUUCUCAGACGCACAACUGGGAUCAAAGUUCUCGAAUGUCACACCUUCAUCUGCAAACGGGAAGCAGCCGCAAAUGCCCUGGUGCGUUGCUGCUUCCAUGCGUACGCAGACAACUCGUACGCACGCCAACUAGAAGGUUCCGGAGGAAGCGGAAGUUCUAAUAGUGUCUACGGAACGAUCGGCGGCAAAUCCAACGGAACAGCUGAAGGAGGUGGCGGAGGCGGCUGGCGAUCACGUGCCGGAAGCACCACAACCCUCAACAGCGUCGGCGUCAACGGCAACGGUCGGCAGUCAACAAUGAAUGGCGUUGGCGAGGCGUAUACGGUGAAAAAUCUGUACGCCAGCAGUGCCGACCUGGACGUGGUCGACGAUGGCGACGGCAGUUCCCUCUACAAUGGCGACGAAAACCACAAAAUCUGGAACGGCUCCACCGAUCAGCUGGACGGGAUCGGCGUGGGAGACAGCGGCCAUUACGACAUCUAUUCGGGCAGUGGAUCAACGCUGGGUCGACCGGUUCGUGCCCGACAAAUCGCAGCCCCCAUUCCGGUGCCACCGCCCCCGAAGGAAGAACUCAAAAAGAUGAAAAAAGAAGCCAAGAAACAGUCCAAACAUCAGCAGCAGCACCAUCUACAGGUAGGGAGUCAAAGUCUAUCCGGUACCCUUAUCAGACCCCGACCAAUGCACAUGAAUCCGUUAGGUCGAUCCGGACCUCCCGGGGGGCCAGGUGGUCCAAUGCCAGGCCCCGGAGGACAUCCAGCAAUGAUGAUGUACCCUUUAGGACCUCCCCCGCCACCACCACUUGGGGGUCGUCAGUUUCACACCAUCGGCCAUCGGAGUAGCAACGGGAUGGUCCCUCCACCGGGGAUGAUGCAUCCGGGAAUGCACCAUCCCGGAAUGCAUCAUCCUGGCAUGCAUCACCCCUCGAUGCAGAUGAUGGUCCCCCCACAGUAUGCCACCCUUCAGAAUCCUCGCAGCAGCAAGAAGAAGAAAGAUAAGCACAAAUCGAACGUCGGAAUCCCGAUUGGGGUCCCGGUUGUUCCACCGAUCUUCGCCUAUCCUCCACCUCAACCGGGAUCGGUCCUGGAGCAACGCCCACUUUCCAUGAGCAAUCGCAAGCUGGCUCAGUCGGCCGCAGCCGGACUGGAUGAAUCGGGAAAUUCCGGAGCCGAAUCGCCCGGUGGAACCGGAAUCUACCGACGUAAGGGACACCUCAACGAGCGGGCCUUCAGCUAUUCGAUUCGGCAGGAGCAUCGGAGCCGAAGUCAUGGGUCCCUCGCUAGUCUGCAAUUUAAUCCGCCGGACAUGAAGAAGGAGCGGGAAAUUGCCCAGAUGGUCGCCGGGCUAGAGUUGAACGACGAUCGGGACGCGACGCUGCAGCGAAGGCGAUCCGAAGUGGUGAUGGCCGGUUCGUCGGGGACCUUCGGGAAACCGAGAAGAUGAAAUUGAGCGUUGAUGAGGUUUUGUGUUUUAAGUUUUGAUUUUUGCAAUGAAUUUGCUGCGAGAGACAGAGAAAUGAAGCUGGAUGAUAAUGUUGUACAGAGAAGUGAGCGAGACGAUGAAAGUGGUUUUCAUUUGUUUGUUAGAUGUUAGAGUUUUAAUUUGAGAUGCAAUGCGUUUUGUUGUUUAACGCAUGCAAAUUUGGAUGAGUUUAAAAUUUGUUUUGAAUAGAGCAUAAUUUUCUGGGAUAGAUGAGACUUGAUACUUUAAACUUCUUCAAAUUGUCCUUAACAACCUAUAAGAAGGCCCGAAGAACAGUUUUAAAAUCGAUCACAAAAUAACGUCAUUUUUUGUAGGAUGAAUGUUUAUUUUUUAAAUUAUAAAAAUAUAAUUAUUUUUAAGUAGUUCUCAACCCUUUCAGUAAAACAGGCUUGUUCAAUGCAGUUUAAACAGGCACGAAAUUUUUACAUCAAACUCACUAAUCACAUAAAUUUUGAAAAAAAAAAAAAUACUUGAGUCUUCAGGAAGACAAAGUGACGCCUUGACCAAAAAAUUUUCAAAAAUUGAAUAUUUUUCAGAAAAACUGAGAAUUUACCAAAAUAAGUUAUAUCAAAUAAUAAUAACCUUUUUCACAUUUGAAAAAAUUAUAAAUCCAGACAAUUUUUUCUAUUUCAAUGUUGCUUUGGUCCUAUUUAUUACUAGCCCGAAAAAAAAUUCUUUAGUUUUUCCGAAAAACACAAAGGUAAACGCGAAAAAUACAAGGUUUAAAAAAGGUUUUAAAAAAUUUAACACAUUUACUGAAAUCUAAUGUCGUCAAAAUCAAAUUAAAAUGCUAAACUUGAACUUCAAAAAAAAAAGUUUUAUUUGGAAAUAAAAAAAAGUAUAAAAUCAAAAAUUAAAAAUCUUCAACUCUUUAUUCGAUUCGAAAUAUAAUUAAUAUAAAAUUAAAAUAUAUUAGAAAUAUAAAAUUCAUUAUGAAAAGAAGAUUUAAAUGAUCAAUUUAAAAUUGAAUUUCAGAAUUUUAAAUUUGAAAUCGGUUUUUUUUCCAAAAAUGAAAAAAGAAACUCAAAAUAAAAAAAACACGAAUUUAUUUACAAACUCACAAAAAAAUGGCAAGUCGGAUUCUCAACUUGAAAAACUUAAACUAAACUGUAAACUAAGAAUCUGGAAUUGAUUUUUUCGUUUCUGAAACUUCCCAUAAAAAUUUCUGAUAUUUUUAUCUAAAAACCAAAUGUUGAGUUUCCAAUUUAAUAUUUUAAAAUUUUGAAAAAUUAUAAAUCACAGUUCUGAAUCUCAAAUUCUUAAUUUAUAAAUUUUAAUUUUAAUUUAAAUUCGCUAUUCCAAAAAUUAAAUGUGAAAUUCAUGUCCAAAAAUUAAUUUAGUAAAUUUAUAUUCAAACU